AAAACCCCAAACAGCAAGCAAUGCAGCUUGUUCUCUCUCUCUCCCUCCCUCUCUUUCUCACACAGAGAGACAGAGGGUGGAUAGUGAAGCCCAUUGUGUUAGUGAGAUGUUUAUUAAUGAGAGAGGGAUAGAAAGGGAGGCAGAGCAGCUAUAGAAGGGGCUAAUCGCUAAUCUCAUAGUGCACUGAAAGCCAAGGCACCCAGGCUGUUCUGUUAGCUCCUCCACUAGCUGAAGAAGAAACACAGGACAGAGAGACUGAGGGAGACACAAGUUGUCUUCGGCAGAGGCCAUAAGGGCUGUGUGAGUGUGUGUCUGUGAAAUUCUUCACAUUGGUUGGAGCUGUAUGGAGGGUGUGUGUGUGUGUGGUGUUUUGUUGCUGAGGUUUAAGCUGGUGCGUAUGUGUGAAGGGCGUGUUGUUAGUGGUCAAUCCAUGUGUUAAGGAUUUGACAAGGUGGGUUAUGGAUAUGUGUGUUUCUGUGUUAAGAAAUGAACCGUCUUUAGUUAGUGUUGUCAGUGGCACUACAGGCUUGUUUGAGGCUCUGAGCGGUUGUGUAGAUUUACGACAGGACUGAUUUGUAUGCAAGACUAGAGCACAUUUUUUUUGUCUUGUCAUUGGAACUUAAUUUUAUAUAGCCUAGCCUAUGUGUUCCAGCGUAUCAGUGUGUGUUUUUGCGCGAGAAUUUGCUUCUGUGUGUGAGAGACUAGCUGUGUGCUUGAGUGUGUGUGAGCCGGUGUGUGUGUGUGUACCCACCAUGCCCCUGCCUGUGCCCGAUGUCCCGGCCUCUCGGAGGCUGACACUGGACUGUCGUUUCCUCCUGGAUCAUCGCGUUGGCAGGGGGGUGUGUGGUUGCUGUGGGGCUCUGAGGCCCCGCUACAAGAGACUGGUGGACAACAUUUUCCCAGAGGAUCCAGAGGACGGGUUGGUGAAGGCUAACAUGGAGAAGUUGACGUUCUAUGCCCUGUCAGCUCCAGAGAAGCUGGACCGUAUCGGGGCCUACCUGUCAGAGAGGCUCUCCAGGGACGUGGCUAGGCACCGCUACGGGUAUGUGUGUAUAGCUAUGGAGGCUCUGGAUCAGUUGCUGAUGGCGUGCCACUGUCAGAGCAUCAACCUGUUUGUGGAGAGUUUCCUUAAGAUGGUCCGUAAACUGCUGGAGGCCGACAAACCCAACCUACAGAUCCUGGGAACCAACUCUUUUGUGAAGUUUGCCAACAUUGAGGAGGACACUGCUUCUUAUCAUCGCAGCUAUGACUUCUUUGUUUCGCGCUUCAGCGAGAUGUGUCACUCCAGCUACGAGGACCCAGACAUCCGCACCAAGAUCCGUAUGGCUGGGAUAAAUGGUCUGCAGGGGGUUGUGAGGAAGACGGUGAAUGAUGACCUCCAGUCUAACAUCUGGGACCCCCAGCACAUGGACAAGAUCGUCCCCUCACUGCUCUUCAACCUGCAGAGUGGAGAGGGCACUGAGAGCCGCUCCCCCUCUCCCCUGCAGGCGUCGGAGAAAGAGAAGGAGAGUCCGGCAGAGCUGACGGAGCGCUGCUUCAGAGAGCUGCUGGGACGGGCCGCCUACGGCAACAUCAAGAACGCUGUCACACCAGUACUCAUGCACUUAGAUAACCACUCUCUGUGGGAGGGGAAGACCUUUGCAGUCCGCUGCUUUAAGAUCAUCAUGUACUCUAUCCAGUCGCAGCACUCUCACCUGGUCAUCCAGCAGCUGCUAGGUCACCUGGAUGCCAACAGUAAGAAUUCAGCCACAGUGCGUGCUGGGAUAGUGGAAGUCCUCCUGGAGGCUGCAGCCAUUGCUUCCAGCGGCUCUGUAGGCCCCACUGUGUUGGAGGUGUUUAACACUCUGCUAAGGCAGCUGCGUCUCAGUGUGGACUACGAGCUGACCGGCUCCUACGACGCCAGCGGAAACAUUGGCAUCAAGAUCAUCAAAACACAUGAGGAGAGACAGCUACAGGAAGCCGUCAUCAGGACUAUUGGGUCGUUUGCGAACACCCUCCCUACAUACCAGCGCUCCGAGGUCAUGCUCUUCAUCAUGGGCAAGAUUCCUGUACCAGGGGUACACCCCGCACUCACAAACGCAGGCUCAGGGGGUUGUGAAGGGACCAGGAUGAUCCAGAUCAUGCUGCUGAAGUCACUGGUUCAGGUGACGACAGGGUUCCAGACCACCAACAUGCUGACGGCGCUGCCCAACUCAUUCCUGGAGCCGCUGCUGUCCUUCUCUCUGAUGGAGGACCCGGAGGUCAGACUGCUGGUGCUCACCAUCCUCCUCAGUGUUAUAGACAGACACGACAACACACCCAAGUUCUCCAGCAUCAGCAUUAUAUCAGAUAUCUCUGUUCUCAAACUGAAAGUGGAUAAGUGCUCUCGACAGGACAACCUUUUCAUGAAAAAGCAUGCACAGCAGUUGUACCGCCACAUCUACUUGGCGUGUAAGGAGCAGAGCAGUGGUCCACAGCACUUUGAGACGCUCUACACCCUGCUGGCCCUCAUCAGCAUGGAACUGGCCAACGAAGAGGUGGUGGUGGACCUCAUCAGACUGGCCCUGGCCCUGCAGGAGCUGGCUCAAACCAACGAGGAGUCUCUGUCAGUUUAUAACCGCUGUGCUGUCCAUGCCCUCUCUGCUGCCUACCUCAACCUCAUCUGUCAACUCACCACCGUCCCCACCUUCUGUCAGCACAUACACGAGGUGAUUGAGAUGAGACAGAAGGAGGUACCCUUCCUUCUCCCUGAGGACGUCUUCAUAGAAAACCCCAAACUCCCUGCCUCUCUGGAGAAGUUGGAGGGAGAUGUUCUGUUCCAGCAGUCUAAGAUCACAGAAGUCUUGGGGGGCAGCGGCUACAACACAGACAGGCUGGCCACACCCUACAUCCCUCAGUUCACAGACGAGGACCGUCUGUCCAAGAGGAAGAGCAUUGGAGAGACCAUCUCACUACAGGUGGAGGUGGAGUCAAGGAACAGCCCAGAGAAAGAGGAGAGGACUCCAGCAGAGGAGAUCACAUUUGAAACUCUGAAAAACGCCAUUGUGGACAGUGUGGGGAUGGAGGAGCAGGAGAGAGAGCGCAGGAGGCAGGUGGUGGAGAAGUUCCAGAAGGCCCCCUUCGAGGAGAUAGCUGCCCACUGCGGUGCCAGGGCCACGUUGCUGCAGAGCAAACUCAAUCAGAUCUUUGAGAUCACAAUCCGACCCCCUCCCAGCCCGUCUGGCACCAUCUCAUCAGGCUACGGCCAGACCCAGAGCCGCUCGGUGCCCGUCUACGAGAUGAAGUUCCCUGACCUCUGUGUCUACUAGUCCUAAAGGUCAGGGGUCACCCUAGGAGGAGAGGGGAACAGGGGGUGUUGAGCUACAGCAGCCCUCUGUGUUAAAACAACUACAGACACUGUGACCUGCUCCCCAUUCUCAUCCUGUCAAGAGCUACUGACAUGACUGACCAUGUGUUUUUUGCACUGUGAUCGCAGACUAAACAAAGACAACCAAAAAGGCAGCAGUGUGAGAUAUCGACCCUUCAGCCUUUGCUCGGCCCCUCCCCCCAUCCUAAAAAUUCCCAUAUGACUGUCACCGGCUUGGGUUAGACUGUAGCCAGAAAGACCGUGGAGAAGAACAAUGGAUGGACUGAGGAUGGAUAGAACAGGGAGGAGAGAACAUGGUGAUCCCCAGUUUGAACCUUCUUUUCCCCCUGAUUAACUUACUGCAUGCCCACCACUCUAAACACCACCCUUGAUCCCAUUACUAGUGUCUAGUCGUUGUCCUAGUUUAUCCCUCACCGGAUGCAUUACUACCCAAAGUGCACCAACAACAAAAUGGCUAAUUGCCAAAUGUAACAAAAUCAAAUGUUCUCAUUAGUUUUAUUGUAUUGCAAUUAUUUUGUUUUUCAGUACUGGAAAGGGACAACGUUAAAUACCUGACAAUGGAAGCUGUAAUGAAAAAUGUAUGGAAUCUAGUGUUUUAGUUUUCAGUGGGAUGACUACUUCUGAAACACUAUCCCCACUCCCUGCUCAGACCAUUCAGUUCUAAGUCAACGGUGCAUUGUGUUUGCUUGGUGCUUUUCAUGUCUUUUUAGGUUUUUAUUUGAAGUCUCUGGGGUGAGAACGCCAGAGUAUUUUUUUGUGUCGCUGCGUGUUAGCCGGGUGUGCUUUUGAUGCUGACCCGAAUGAUCUUCAUUUUGUAUUUUUUACCCCCUUGCUUUUUAAAUGUUGUAUAUUGUAAUCCAUGAUUUGACCGCAAAGGUUAAAGUGUGUGACGUGUGUGCUGUCCUCCGAAAUGUGAGAGUGCCCUACAGAUGACAGCAGAACUAGAUUCAACCAGUCCAACCGUUCAUAAAACCAGUCAUAGCUUUCCCACUAAGGAUCUGAAGAGUGUACAGUUAUGUUUACAUGCUCAAACACAAGCAUAUGGGUCGUUCCAUCAAUACGGUGCCUUUUGAGAUGUGAAACUUAUGAUUCCACCUCAUUUUAACAUUGUUGUAAAGAGUAAGAUAUACAAAUAAUACUAUAUAUAGUAAGUGCCUAUUAAGUGGCAAAUAAAGUAACAGGAUUGACGAUUUCAUUUUAAGUCAGCCACAAAUCCCAUUACAAGGGAAUUGUAAGCUUGUUGUGUGCAACAGGGAGGGGCAAUUGCAUGGAUUUGUUAAAACAUUUCUAGGCUGUCCAUAUGGGUCACAGGCUUGACGUGUUAUGCUUGACCCACUCAGUUUUCACCACAAAACACCAGAAAAUGGCCAAAAAGAGUGGAACCAGCUCACCUGCUCUUAUAUUACGAUUUGACUAUUAGAUGGUUAACAUUUCUUGAAGUUCUUGUUUUUUUUCAAAGGAAUAGUUUCACCAUAUUCAGUUCACAUAACAGGGUUAACCAUAACCAUAACAGGGUUAACCAUAACCGGGUUAACCAUAACCAUAACAGGGUUAAUCAUAAAAUGAGGAACAUGUUGUUUUUUACCUUAAAAUGAAUCACUAAUCACAUGAAAUAAAUGAUCAUCUUCAGAAAUGACUUUGUCAAAGCAACAAGGGCUUUGAUGGUGAAAAUUUGUGGGGUUAAGUAUGUUAAAAUCUUCCUGGAAGUCAGAGGGUGCAAGGAAGGACAUGUCAAAAUGCUGAAUGUUGGCACUUUAGCAAGUCUUUAUUCAUAUACAAAAAUCUGUAUUUAGUUCUCCAUAUGGUCUAUAAUAAAGGGCACUUCUUUGACUAUAACAGGCUUUUAAAAUUGAAUAUUGAUGCACAAUUUCAAAAGGUGCUCAUUUUGUUGAACGACCCAUAUAGACUAAUUAACCAACCCACAUUUAUUAUUUGUCAUAUACAGAUCUGCUAUCUUAAUUUUAUCUCUCGGUUGUCGCAGGAAAUGGUAAUUGUAGUGUAUUCAAGGUUUAAAAAGGCUUCUAAAGUUUGUAAUUUCCACUUAAAAAUGUGACUUGAUUUGACCUAACGAAAAAUGUAUCAUUCCCUACAAAAGUGUCCAAUAAUUAUAAUCUACAUAAUUCACAUUUCCUGUUGCUGUUGGAUUAUUUUCCUGCUGUGAGAAGCAGGGUCAAAUUAAGAUUGUGUACAUGUAGGGUUACAUUACAUAUCUAGCUAUAACCAUGAUGUAAAUUUAGUUAAUUUUGUUUGUGUAUAGAUCUAUAAAUAUACAUUUAGAUUGCACUGACUCGCCAUAGUUAAGGGAAAUAUCUACUAAUAUGUUUAAGAGUGUGUAUGUGUGUAUGUAUAUAUAUAUAUAUAUAUAUAUAAGAUAGCCCACUGAGAACUAACCAGCAUGGCAUCAAAUCAGGACGUACUGUGUCUGGAACAGGGAUGGCCUGUAAAGAGACUGCAAUAUUAUGUUUAGAGUUACUGCCAGACAGAGAGCAGUGGAGGAGAGUGAUGAAGAUCUAGGGAGUAGUUCCAUCAGACAUAUUAAAGUGCGAUUGCACUUCCUGAUGUAGCCUCAUUUUGAAGAUUGCUCAUUAAGAAAUUCCAGUGGCCAUGGCUGAAGUCAAAUGAGAGUUGUCUUAGGGGUGUGGAUUGAUGUGGGUGUGUUGUGUUCACUUAAUCGUACCCUGACAGGUACUGUUGUUUGUCCCUCCUGAGUCACUGUACAAUAACACAGCCACUUCUUCAAAAUAGUCCAAUUUUAAUUUAAGAUCAAUAAAAACAUCUGCAAUUAAUUUAGUUGUGCAAUUUUAGAUCUAGCUAAGGUGUUUGGUGCAGUAUAUCUCAAGUAAAUAAAUGUGCAUGAAAAACUAGUCUGCACUGCAUACAGUCUAUCGAGUCGGGAAAGUCUGGCUGCGCGCUCAGGACUGAUUUCUGAGAACAAUAACUUGUCUACAACUUCAUCAUCUGCAAGCUGUUUAUCAGUGCCCAAAAUCACUUUCCAGCUAAAUUACAACUCUGUUUGUCAAUGAAGCUAGCAAGUAGUAGCUAGAAGGCGUAUUGAGCACAACCAGGCCACAAUCAGCUUAUCAAGUCACUCAAAAUUGAGUUGCAGAUGGGAUACAAGUGCGAUAUAAGAUCUCAAUUCUCAUUUUGCCCCAAAAAAGUGGCAGCCUCGGGGGUUUGACACUUUCAAACACAUCCGCAUGUGGCCAGUCCUUAAAGGGCUUAGGGCCAAUGGUUAUUUCAACAUAACAUUGGUGACGGGUUGUCUUAUGUCAAUUGUAAUUGGCAGGUCUGUUUCACUGUCUGGAGGUUCUGGCUGCCAGUGGGCAUGAUCCUAAUCCAUACCCAACACUUCAGGAAGUCUUGACCUAUUCACUUCAUAAACUAGGUUUUAUCCUAUUUCACUUUGUAAUCAAUUUUGACACAAGAAUGAAUGUUUAUGACUCAUAUCGAUGCCACACAGGCCGUUUUAAAACCGAGACGUUAGAGAUCUAGUGUGUAGUUCCCUCCGACAUCUUAACGUCUGUAAUACACCAGAGAGAUGUUGCAGGAGGGAACGCAAGUUAGAAACAUACCCCCCUCCCUGUAAUCAUACUGCCAUUAUUAUCCUUUAUUACAACUAGAGUCAGUGUGUUUAGUCCAAUGAUAGUGCCACGUUAUUAUAUCAGAUCCUCCUCAUCCUUUCCCUACUGAUGACGUCAUCGUUAUGGUUGUUUGCCCUUUGUGAGUGGAGAGAGACGAGCCUGGACUGGACAGAUACUGGUCACAGAAGUAGCUUCUUAAGGAUGUCUCUGCCGGUGUGUCUGGGGCUCGUACUUUCAGCUCAUGCUCUUACAGAUUGUCGCAAAACAAAGUACAAUGGCAAUAAUUAUAAGUCUUAUGAUGGUUUGAGGUUUUCUGAACUAGCCAGAUCAGGCAGUCUAGAGUCCAGUUUAGCCACCUCCGAAACAGACUGGCCUUCCAGGCUGAAAUAGAAUAGCCCCAUCUGAAGAUGUUCUGUAUUUUAAUAAAUGACUUCUGUACCUGGACGGUGCUGUGACACCUUCUGUACCCGUGACAUGUGAGACUCCUUCCUUCCUGUGCUAGUGUAAACUGACUCUCAAACUGUGCUAGUGUAAACUGACUCUCAAACUGUGCUAGUGUAAACUGUGCUAGUGUAAACUGUACUCGUGUAAACUGGGUGUGCUCUAUAUGUGUCACUGUCAUAACCAAUUGAUGUCUGUCACUGACAAAAUGUCAUAUUGUGAUUAGUGUUAACUGCCCAUUAUGCAGUGUUCUGUAAGUUUGGUUCCUACUAUGUAUUGUCUCUGUCAAGUCAACCCAUGCCAGUAGUUUACCGGAUUGGCCAUUGACGUUUCAAUUUUUACAAGGUUCAUGUUUACUGAGUAACUUUGUCAUUGUGUGUGUUCGUCCGUGCAUUCGUGUGUGCAUUUGUGUGUGCUUGUCUAUUCAGUCAUCACCCCAGACCAAACUAAUGAUCAGACCCAGUUUACAACCCAGUCCAUUAACUCCUCUUCCUCCUUCUCAUGAAGAACAAUGUAAUCAGCAUCACGCAGCUCUCUAUCCUUCCAACGAAGCCAAUAACAAGUCACGGUAACAGAUGAACACUACAGUGUUUUUUUGGCGGAUAAUACUGUAGUAUUUACUAUAGUGUACUUCAAUAUUCUAUAUUAAGUACUACACAUGAUCGGGGGAUACUACAUUGUGUAGUAUAGUAACUACUGUAGUAUUCUAUAGUAAACUUGUGUUUUUCAUGUGGCUACCUUUCUUUUGAACUAAACAACAACAGUUCUGCUUGGUGUAAAUCUAAUGCUUAUUAGAUCUGUUCCACUUUUCUGUCCACUCAUCUCCUUUUCCUUGUAUAGUAAAUGUAGCUCUUUACAUUGUAGUGCUGUAGGUCAAACUAUCUAAUCUGUGAACUUUGCACUUUAAACUGGAUUCCCUAGUGACAGAGGCAGCUUGUACAUGGAGAAAAUGCCUUAUGAUGAGUGCUGGACCUGACUUUGCAUGCUAGUGAUGUAGCUACAUACAGUUCAAUGACCAUCUAGCUGAAUUUAUAUUUGUUACUGUUUCUUCCUGAUCAAAUUUCCAUGAAACAUUUAAUUUUGUCUUUGCCAAUUGCACUGAAGAUGUUCUGUUUCAAAGAAACCUUUUGCUGAAAUUAUAAGAAAAACACAUACUUUUUAGUUGAACUGUAUGUAGUAUGGCUGUUGUAGAAGUACCAAUGUCGUAAGAUGUAGACAUAUUGUCAAAUACAGUCAGACGCCCACACAGUUGGUGUACAUUUUAACAGACAGAGCUACGUAGUAGUAGAAAUCAGCUUAGUUCAUUGCCAAUUAGUAAAAGAAGAGACCGUCUUAGCAUUGGCAGUGACGUUGAGGGCUUCCACCAUUUGAAUGUAGUCAACUGGGUGGAACUUCCAAAUUCAGACAACCAUGAAGAAAAUUGACUACUUCAAAAUGGUGCUGCCCAUGCUGUCACAUACCCUACAAUGCCACAGAUAUAAAGAUAAGUCCUCUAUCUAUCUCUGAAUAAAGCUCAUCUCAGAAGUGAGACUGGACUGUGGUAGAAUGUCCCCCUGUGAUUUCACCUAGCUUUUCCAGGUGAAAUUGAAUUAUUUAUGUAUAAUAGGCUACAGUGUUUCAAACAGUCGUAGGUUUUUCCUUCACAAUACAACAGCAUGCGGUUGUGUGUGACUGAUUGUCAGACUAUAGGUGAGGUGUUCUCCCUCCCAUAGUGUGAUGGACUGCAGUAUGUGAUGUUUGUAUUGUUAUUAAAACACUACUGUGCAGCACUAACUGACUGACUGACUGUAUCCUCCUGAUCCUGAAUUUUUGUCCUGCUCAGCUGUUUUUUUUUCAUCCUGAUUGUCAUUUGAUUGGUUGUCAAAUAAAUUAACUUUACGAAUGUUGGCGUUGCCAAAA